CCCUCUCCACGGAGAGCCUGGAAGAAUUGCGCUCCGUCCGUGCGCCCUGCCUUGCCAGUCGGAGGAUGGGGAUUUUUUUCCAUUCAUCCACGUCCCCUUUUCCCCUCCUCAUCCUCCGCCUCCUCUCAAACAAGCCAGUCGCUCUGUCAGUGCGCUGCGAGCAUUAGGGCGAGUCAAACCGGUGGGAUUUUGAGGCGCACAGACGGAUGAGAUAACUGCACGGAGCGCGCUUCCUCGGGCCGUUUCGUUUCUGCGCUCCGUCGGAAAGACGUCCGUUUCCAGGCGGGACCGAUGUCCACUGAGUCGCAUCUUUAUUUUUCUUCACCACUUCACAAGUUUCACGCCGGCCUGUGUGUGGCAUCGUUAGGAGGGACUCGCUUUUCUAGCUCUUUGGCUUGUUCGUGUCAGUUUUUUUGUCCUCUGAAUUUGCUCUCGGAUUAAUUUUCGAGCUGGAUCUUGGUUUCCUUUGUUUGUUUGUUUUUCUUUCUCUAGAAACGAACAUAUUUUGUGGAUUUACUGCCUCUGCAUUUUCUGGCAAAAAAGAGAGAAAGGAUUGUACUUGACUCCCUGAGCAUCAACACGUCUUUUUUUUUUUGGUAUGAGGAUGGAGCUGUGGAUACAAGUGGCAUCUUUCUCAUUUUAAACACAUUCCCAGCUGUUUUUAUUACUCGUUUGUCUUCGUCUCCUAAACAAAGUGACCAUAUUUAAAUUCAGCGGAGCCAGAUAUGCUCGGACGUGAGAGAACAAGGUAAUGGGAGAGAAAUCAGACAGAGAGAGCCAAAGAGAACAAGGGAACGUUGUUCAGCGAGGAAAACAGACAAUUAGGGCGCACAGAAAAGGCUUCAGAAUCUGCUUUCUGGAGGCGAUAAUCUAUUAAAAUAUCCAAUUCAGUGGAGAUCUGCUUGAGCCCUAGUGUGUGGGUUUUUUUUUUUUUUUUAAAAGAAACUGUUUCUGGUGAGAAAUUAAUGGGGAAGUCAUGGGAAUGGCUCUGAAAUAGUGCGCAGAAGAACCUGUCGAUUUGGAGAUCAGGACGCACGGAUUGAAUAAGUUUCUCCUCCAGCAUUCAGCAUUUCGGAUCCAUGUGGUUUUGCGUGGCUGGCUUUUUAAUCCCACUUUAACUCUUUAUGCCUUCAAUCCUGAUCGGUUGAUCCAUUGUUUUAAAGCGUCUAGCUGCAAAAAAAGGAAGACAAUUUUUUUUUUAAAAAAAGCAGCUCUGCGAGCCUCUCCGGCGAUUAUUGUUGCUUUCUUUUCGAUGGGGCCGCACAUGCUGGGUGUCAGGGUUGAGAUGGCGUGUCGAAGGAGCGGGAAUGGAUUGUGGGUCCUGCUGGUAUUCCUACUGGAUUUACUGGGAACCACCGCCAGCAACAUGGAGCCCAUCUACUGGAAUUCCAUGAACGAAAGGUUCAGGGACGACAAGGGCUACGUUCUCUACCCUCAGAUCGGGGACCGGCUGGACCUCAUCUGCCCCCCGCUGGACACGGCCCGCUCCACGCCGGAGUACGAGUUCUACAAGCUCUACCUCGUGUCGUCGCGGGAGCAGGCGGACCGCUGCGAGGUGAUGGGCGCGCCCAACAUUGUGCUGACGUGCGACGAGCCAACGCGGGAGCGCCGCUUCACCAUCAAGUUCCAGGAGUUCUCGCCGAACCUCUGGGGCCACGAGUUCAAGAGCCUGCACGACUACUACAUCAUCGCCACGUCGGAUGGGACGCGUCAAGGCCUGGACAGCAUGAGAGGAGGCGUGUGCGCUACGAAAGGCAUGAAGGUGGUCCUGAAAGUGGGACAGAGCCAGUACGGACUGCCCCCAAAGAAGGACCAGCCAGCGGGACGCACGACCAGCAGAAUCCCAGGUGGAAACUCCACCCAGCCUCGAGGGCCCUUUGGAGAUGGAGGCAACGGUGAAAACGGACCGCUCGAGUCAACCAACAUCGCCUUCAUCGCUGGUGUCGCAGGAGGCUCCGCCUUCCUCCUGCUGGUCACUGCCGUGAUCUGUGUCGUGUGCUACCGCCGGAGGCACGCCAAGCACUCCGACACGCACCACCCUCCUCUGUCGCUCUCGUCCCUCACCAGCCCCAAGCGCGGUGGUGGCGGCGGCAUCACCAGCUCCAACAACAACGGCUCAGAGCCCAGCGACAUCAUCAUCCCCCUGCGGACGUCGGACUCGGCCUACUGCCCGCACUACGAGAAGGUGAGCGGGGACUACGGGCACCCCGUCUACAUCGUCCAGGAGAUGCCGCCUCAGAGCCCGGCCAACAUUUACUACAAAGUAUGAGACAGCCGUCUGGACACACUCGCCUUCCUUCAACCACGACCAGCCAAUCACACCCAACAUCUCUCAAAUGAAGCCACUACAGAAUCUGCCAUCAUAGCUCCAAACUGGAUCGCCUCAGUAGUACCAGUAUUGUCUGUCGGAACCCCCCCCCCCUACUUGCCCUGGCCACUGUUGUGUUUCUAGCUGAAUAAACCCCCUUUCCUUCCAUAACCCUAUUUCACACAACUGGGCCAUGAAGUGUGAGUAAGGGGUUAUGUUGUAACCGCACAUAACCCUUCCUAACAAGGCCCUCAUGAUUGGGCAAGAGGCUCUGAAUUCCCUCGUCUUGUUAUCUCAGAGCUAAAUGAGCCCCCCACCCUUUAACGUGCCACACACUUUUUUUUAAGAGUGUGAACAUGGUGUUGGGAUGUUUUAAAAGAAAAAAAAAAGACUGAAAGGACUUUGAAAAGAGGACUACGCUCCUGGACCCACUUGGCACCAACGAACUCUGAUUCUCAGAGAGCCACACCCGCCUUGCCCACCACCCCACCCCCAUUUUAGAUCUCUAUCAUCCAAUCAGAGACGAGCCCCUUGCCGCUAACUCGACAAUAGCCUCCUAGUUUGUUCGUGUUUGUUUCAAUCGAGAAAACAGGCUUGGGGGGGGGGCCUCGGACUCACACCCUGAGCCGACACCGGAUCCCCGGACGAGGUCUGACCAAUCGGUGACUCUCAGAAUCGUGUAUAUUUUAAUAAAGCGUGUGUUUGUGUGACUGUGCGCGAGCGUGCAAAACAGUUGGGUAAUAAUUAUGGCGAUGCUGCUGCUGCUCCACAUUAGAGUGCAGUUAGUGUGCUUCAGCAAGUUUGCAUACAUGUGAGUGUGUGUGUGCUUUUCUGUGUGUGGGCGUGCGUGAGUGUGUGUGUUCUUUAGACUUGUCUUAAAUACCAAAACACAAAAUAGUGAGCGAAUAUCAAAAAAGUGAGAUUUUUUAUGGCUAUCAACACUUAUAGAUUAUAUAUAUGAAUAUCCAGUAAAUAAUUUCUAGAUGUUUUUUAUUGGUUUAUUAUUUUUACCCACUCUGUUAAACUACACUUCUGUUUCUAAAUGUUUUCAUUUGCUUUUUAUUUUUUGCUUAUUUCCUGCCCUUUUGCCUUUAUAUUUUACAGUGCCUUGCAAAAGUAUUCAUACCUCCCAAAUGUUUUCACGUUUUGUCACGUUACAACCAAAGACUUCAACGUUUUUGUUAUGUUUUUAUGAAAAUAGACAAACACAAAGGGCUGCAUAAUUGAGAAGGGGAAGGAAAAGGAAGCAAUGUGAAGAUUCUGGCAUUUGUCUGUAUUCAGCCUCAAUUACUCAUAUUAAAUAAAAUGCAGAACAACCAGUUUUAAGCCCCAAACAGAUUUUCCUCCAGUAUUGCUCCGUGUUCAUCACCAUCCAUCUUCCCACAAAAUGCAUCCCCAUCCCAGUGUGCAAAUGGGACGUCUUAUGUUUUCACUCUUCCAUAGAAACCAGUAACUUAAUAAGGAUCAAUAGUGCAGUAAAGUUUUGCAGCCAUUAAUAUAAACCUUUUGCCACUAAUGUUAGUCACAUAACCAAUGUUCUCUUUCUAAAUUUAAGCACGUUCCAUUAUGUGCUCUAUCUACCGAAAGCACCAAUUUAAUUAAAUUGUAUUCACAUAUCUAGGCAAACAAUAAAUAUGACUGUGCCAUUGCCUACUUCCAUUUCUGACUAUCAAGCUGCACAAGAACUGCAAAACCAGACAACUGCACAAAGAAACUGCAAAACAUUUCCAAGAAAUGCACACCUAUAUGCGUACCAUUGCAUGUACCAGCUGCAGGUAUUACAGUUUGCAAUUCUUAAAUCUAUGUAAAUAAACUGUAUAGAGGGGACAACUGUCCGUUUGUUGUUCAGUAUUCACACAUUACUGUAUAUUUGGUGCACAAAGAAUUUCACACACAUAAACUUAUUAAAAUAGGCAGUUAUAAGCAUCUUCAGAAGGAAGUUUCAGAAAUUUUAGCUGUUUGCGGGCAGCAGUGUUUGGCUGUAACAACUUUAUUGGCAAAAUAUUAUACUGAUGGCUCAAAAACUGCAAUACACUACUGGCAAGUUAUUGGCCAAACUUAAUGGGAAAAAAUUAUUAUGUUAUCGAUCAGCAUUAUAUUGCUGGUAAGCAAAUUGAGGAGUGUGUGGCUAAUAGUUGUCUUGUCGAUUCUGUAAAAGAGUUAAAGAGAAAACUACGCAGCUGGACUUUGAAGGUGAUUGGGUUAACAAGCAUGCAGUACUUUGUACUGGUCAACUGAAAUCCCAAUAAAAUGUGUUGAAGUUUGGGGUCGUGUUGUGACAAAACGUGAAAACGUUCCAAGCGGUAUGGAAACGUUUGCAGGAUGCUGUACAUUAACUAAAUCCCUUGUUUUUGGAAGUUGUUUCUCUGUUUUCAUUCUCUCCCUCCUCCUCCCGCCCGAGGUCAACUCUGUGUAUAUUUUUAUAGCUCAUCGUACUAUGCUGUAGUUUUGAGGUCUAGACCUCAUUUUUGUGGAAGUGUUGAGGUAGAACCAUCAAUGAAAGUUUUUCUGUUAUUUUUUUCCUUCAUUUUAAAAGGCAGACGUAAAAGAAGCUGGGGUGGGGGUGGUGGCGAUGGAGGAUGGGGAAGGGGAAAGGUAAAGAGAGAGAGAGAGAGGACAAAAUGAAAAAAAGAAGAACAAAGAAGAGAGAAAGAGCGCUGUCUCGGGAGGAGGAAUAAAGCGGCGUUUGAAUGCAGAACUUUAAGGAAAAGAAAAAAACGAGCGGGAGGAAGAUGAGGGAAGACGAGACUGUGAAGGAAACAGGAAAAAAUAGGAGCAGCAGAAGCAGUAGAUGAAGGAUCCAGUGGAUAUAAGGAAGGAAGGAAGGAUGGAAGGACGGACGGACAGAGAGCACAUGAAAAAGUGGCUGGCGAAGAGGAGAAACCUCUGAGGUGCUGGACUGUCAGCCAAAAAAAAAAGAGAAAAAUCCCGCAAAAAAACGGAUUUUCAGAGGAGUUGAACUCUACGCGCACGCAAAACAUCCACACGCACACACACAUCCACUGUGACUCCGGCAGUUUCGGAUGCGUUCCUCUCUUUCUCCCGCCAAAAUCUUGUGUUGAAACGCGCACGCACACCCACACACACACACACGCCCUCUCUCAGAUCUCACACAGUUUUUUAACGACUGCCGAGCAACAUCCUGCAAACACGCUCACCCACACUCAACAUAAAAAAUGUUGCUUUCGUCUGAUCUGUGUUCCCGUGAAUCACCUGACGGACGGGGAAGGGAUUUAAGGAAAAAAAAAAAAAAAGAUUGAUUGUGCUGUGUUUUCCGCCCUCCUUCACACACACAAAUACAUACAUAAACACACACCAGUGCCCUGCACCUCAACCUCAGAGAGCAGCAGCCCGUCGCUGUGUGGGGAGGUGCUUUAUGUUCACCUUGUGCAUACUAAUAAAGCUGUUUUUGUGUUGCUCAGACAUGUUUUUUGGCUUAUGUGUAAAACCGCGGAGAGCUUAUGCUUUUUCUUUUUUCUUUUCAACUUUGUGCAGACACACGAAGACUCCAGUGUUAUUGCCAUGUUUCCUGUGUGAAGCCAGUGUUAAGAAUCUGAACCUUUCCACAUUUCUCAGCCGUGUUUCUGUAUCGGUAUCAUAUAAUCUUUCAUACCUAAGUGUCGCAUUCGUCUAAAAUGACUUUGUUCCACACAUGACGAUGUUUCUUUUUCUUUUUUUUUUUUUUUUUAAUACCACGGAGGAGUUUGGAUUGUAUUUUGACUGUAUUAAAA